AUGGCGGAGACCUCCGUGCACGGCGACAUCCACCGCGAAUCCUCUGGUGAUCGCCCGAAUCGCAGGAGCCGACCUCCUCCUCCUUUGAGCCCCAGCGAUCUCAUCGGCGCCUUGCCAAACGACGUGAUCCACCGCAUCUUCUCGUUCCUGCCCCUCCAAGACGUCGUCAAGACCAGCGUCCUCUCCAAGCGGUGGCAGUCCACUUGGACCACCAUCACCCACUUCGUCUUCAACGGAGACCGGCCUCGCAAUCACGAAACCUACUCCUUCGACUUCCUGUCCCUCGUCAACCGCGUCCUGAUCCAGAGCACCUCCCCCGCGGUGAAGAGGCUCCACGUCACCGGCUUCGUGUACGACGAAGCCAACUCGCCCAAGCUUGACUUCUGUCUCCGCUUCGCGAUGGUGCGCCGCGUGGAGGAUCUCUGCCUGGGGCUGACUGCUUCGCCGUUCUUGUACCCGCUGCCGCGGUUCGCGAGUCGCUUGAGUUGGCUGGUGCGCCUGGAGGUCUCUUACUGUUGUUUUUCGUCGGGUACUAGUAUUCGGUGGCCUUGUCUUAAGGUCUUGUCAAUAAGACAUGGGGAGUUGUGCGAUCAAUCCCUCCAGAAAAUUCUCAGGGGAAGUCCUGUUUUAGAGUCCCUCGAGUUAGACUCCUGCAAGGGCGUGAAGAACAUCAGAAUAGAUUCAACGAGUGUGAAGGACAUGCUACUCGUUCCCUCCUUGUUCUCUAACGUGGAGAAUCUUUGGGCCCCUCAUUUGCUGUCACUGCGGGUGUCGGGGUUCUCGCCACACGACUCCGUGUUCAGACUUGACGACGUAUCCUCUUUGGUCGAAGCCAACUUAUAUCUUCGUAUCUUAUAUUUUAGUAUGUCUCAUGUGGAGAGGAUACGGGACCUUUUAAAGGGACUCCUUGAGAAGUUGCGCGGAGUUCCUACACUCGCCACAGGUGGUUCGUGUUUGCAGAUUUUGUCCCAUUGGGAGAUGGAAGGAGUGCAUUCUCCAUUGUCAAAAUGUCGGAAUUUGACACUAAAUGCACCAAUCUCUCGUUGGGACCUUCCUGGGAUAGUGCACCUAUUACGAAGUUCACCAUGCCUGGAAAAAUUAGUCAUACGCCUGGCUGGCUUCACCAAUUUGCAGUUUGAGCUUGAUGAAGAAUCUAAAGAUCGUUUUAACUAUGAUGAAGAAGAUUUUUUGUGUUCAAAGAAGGGGAACUUUGAAUGUUUGGCGAAACAUCUCAGACGAGUUGAGAUCAUCGGCUUUCCAGCUAAUAGUUUUCGGUCGAAAUAUCUGCUCGCCUUGAUGAAGUUUCUUCUUGGGGAUGCACUUGUGCUGGAGAAGUUAAUUAUCAAGGCUGAAUUGCCCACACAAUAUGGACAAGAGCGCCAUCAAGACCCUGUUCUUUUGGAACUACUUGGCGUGAUGCAAGAAGUGCUCAGCUAUCGAAGAGCUUCCCGAAAUACUGAAGUUAUAUUCAAUCAUCCUUUCAAAGAGACGUCCUUUUAAAAGCAUAUGAAAAUCCAGGUUUCUAAACUUGAAUGAGCACUGUAAUGCUCAUCCCGACUUACACUCUUUUGAC